GCAGGCGGGCGCAGGGGCAAUUGCAUAAGAGCGGCCCGGGAGGCCUGGAGCUUCCUGCCCGUGCUGGGGCAGCGCUGGGGGCCGUACAGGGAGCUGGAACCUCCCAUUGCAGGGACGUGGGGGGGAGGAGAGAGUGACAUCAAUCCUGUGAGAGCUCAGUAGAUAUUGUGAGUGGGGUUGAACUAAUGCCAUUACACUGACUCAUCCAGAGACAGCACAGGAAUAGCAGAGCGCAGUACCCUGGAGGUGAGCUCCACACUACACCCUAUGACAGCCUCCCCUCCAUCCAUGUCUGCUGCAGCCCCUGGGGAGUUCUGCUGAAACUUACUUUUUUUUUUUUAUACAAAGUUGCACUUGUUGUUCUUGCUGGAACUUUUUUUUUUCCUCCUGUUUGAUACAAUGUUGCACUGAUAGCACUAGGAGGGCUCUAGCCUGUGUUCACACUGGAAGCAGCAGCGGCGGCGGCGGCACUGGAUCUGGAGAGGUGUGGUGGUGUCAGGAGGGAGGCAACAGCUUUGUAAAGGCUUCAGAAGAAGGAAUAGACGGGCACCCACCUCUCUGUCCCGGGGGUUCACAGGCCGGAUGAUGUACCAGGAUUAUCCGGGGAGUUUCGACAGUUCCUCCCGUGGUAGCAGCAGCUCUCCGGCUCAGCCAGACGGAUACCCGGGCAGCUCCUUAUCUACCUCAAUACGACAGAAAUACCGAAACGAUAUGCCAGGAUCCAGUAGUGCCUUUAUUCCCACCAUAAACGCCAUCACGACCAGCCAGGACUUACAGUGGAUGGUUCAACCAACUGUGAUCACUUCCAUGUCCAAUCCCUAUGGCAGAGCUCAUCCAUACGGACACCCAGUACAGAAUCACCCAUCACUAGGCGGACAUGCAGCCCUACAACGACCGGGAGUCAUCAAAAGCAUUGGUACCACCGCUGGCCGGAGGAGAAGAGAUGAGCAGUUGUCCCCCGAAGAAGAGGAAAAGCGGAGGAUCCGAAGAGAAAGGAACAAACUGGCUGCCGCAAAGUGUCGCAACAGGAGGCGAGAGUUAACGGACAAACUCCAAGCUGAAACUGAGAAACUGGAACAAGAAAAAUCUGGACUACAGAAAGAGAUAGCCGAGCUGCAAAAGGAGAAGGAUAAACUGGAGUUCAUGCUGGUCGCCCACUCACCCAUGUGUAAGAUACAAGGCGACGAUCGUAUUACCCCCAUCCAAAACACACAUGCUGCCCGUUCCAUGAUGGGAAGCCGAGUGGUCGUCAAACAGGAACCCAUCGAUGACGACAACGGGCGGUCGGCAGUCACCUCUACUGACAAAACACAGAGGUCUGUGAUCAAACCGAUCAACAUUGGGGGAAGCUUCUUUAACGAGGAACCUCUCAACACACCCGUCGUGAUGUCAUCUACACCUCCGAGCACUCCGAGCGCCCCUAACCUUGUCUUUACCUACCCAAGUGUGUUGGAUCAAGAGUCGUCAACCUCUCCUUCAGAGUCCUGCUCUAAGGCCCAUCGUCGCAGCAGCAGCAGUGGGGACCAGUCUUCUGAUUCCUUGAACUCCCCCACUCUGCUGGCCUUGUAACGGUUGCUACAACGAAGAGACUUUACCGUACAUAUCAGGCGAUGUCUAGGAGGGUAGAUAGCUGGUGGCAGGCGCUUCCCAACCAUGGACAUGCAUCCCUAUGAAAUCUCGUAACUGGAUCUUACACUUCAGACGCUUCAGUGUAGCUUUGACUUUCUUGGGUUGUUGGAAGAGGCUGCCUACAAGCACAAGUUCAUCCUCCAUUGCUCAUUGUAUCGAAUCUCGGUUGGGCCCAGAUGGGGGUUAAAUUAUUUCCAGCCUUGAGGCUCCCAGGACAUUUCAUCUAAUCUAAAUGGUCGAUGAUUACUGCCUUUAUCUCUUAUCCCACCCCUCCUGCCCCCCCCCCCCACCCACACCUUUUUAUUCCGGGCACUUUAGGGUUUAUCUAUUUAAGGAAUUUGGUCUUCACUGGAUGAAGGUACAGAAAUGUUUUUGUCUUUUUUGGAUAUUUUUUUUUUUUUUUGCCUUUGUUGAAGCCGUUCCAAGGCCUUUCUGAUGUAACUGAAAUAAAAAUUAAAAAAAAUUAUAAAAAAAAAUCAAGGAACAAAACAGCCAUGGAAAAAUGUUGGUUGCACCCAGUCAUUAUUGGAAAAGACGACGUUACCAGCAGAUCUUAAAAACACCAAAGACAGUCCCAGGACGCCGUGUUCUGGCAAUUUCUGUGAAACUGCUUGGAUAAUAAGGAUUUGGCAGCACGUGAUAUAAAAAUGGUCUAAGGAAAAAAAAAUUAAAAACUUGGCAAUACAACAAGCCCUUGUGCCUUCCGAAUGAGCAUGUUCUUCUAUGGGAGAACGGUGCCCAGCUAACGCUCUAAUUUUGGGAUGUGAUGUCAUGUUUGUAUAUUCGCAGUUUGAAUUGUCGUAGCCUGUAACAUCUCGCUGUGUCACUUCUCUUAGGACAUUACUCAGUAUCGUGUAAAUGUUCAACCGUGUGAAAAUGUUUUUGGUAUCUGAAAUAUCCACACAGGGGCAUAGCUAUCGAGGGUGCAGAGGUAGUAGUCACACCCGUGUCCUGGUGCCGAGAGGACCCCCAUAAGCCCUCCUUUGGCAGACAACAACACCAGUAUUAUAAAUGGCACAUGGUAGGUCUGGGAGGGGGGGUAUAUUGUUUCAGAUUUUGCACUGGGGCCCAAAUUGCUGUUCUGAUCCCACGAAAAUAAUGGCGACAUUCACAGGCUACUGUCUCCUCAAAAAGUUUUUUACACCUGUACAUUCCGAUAGUUAAAGAUCGACUCUGGUGCCUGAUAUGGAAAUAUUCCUGCUAAUUCUUUCGGGGACUUGCUACAGUUGCCUUGAUUCCUAUCCACCAUGACUUCAUGGGGUUGUGCAGGAAUAGAAAAAGCAUGGAUUUUUUCUUAAAGGGGAACUCCACUGCCCCAGCGUCCGGAACAUUUUGUUCCGAACGCUGGGUGCAGUCAGCGAGGGUCGUGACGUCAUGCACACGCCCCCUAGUGAC